AGUCAAGAUGAAGAAUGAGCUUUAUACGAGGCAGUCGUAUCAGUCAGGGUCUGAAACAGGUUCUGGAUACCGAGGAGGAUGUACAAGACCAUUUUCUGGCUGCCGAAGAAGAGGAAUUUGACAGCUUUCACGACAACCUGACACUUAAAAUAGAGAACCAGGAAGUCUCAAAACCAAAGGAUGACAGAAAAUCAGCCGUUAUUUCCAUCAGUGGAGACAACCCUGGAACAAGAGGCGUGAUAUUUGAGGUUAUAAAAGCGGAGAAAGCCAGCGAGGGCAGAUCUUCCUUUGUGAAGUACACUCUGUCAGUCAGCACAGAGGGGGACCCAGACAAGACUCCCGGUCUUAUAGAGAAGAGAUAUUCAGAUUUUAGUGACCUCAAUACAAAACUAAAGAAACAGUUCCCAAAAUAUAUGGAACACAUAUCAUUUCCUGGAAAAUUAGUGAUAGGAAAUUUCACAGAUGAAACCAUAGCCCAGAGGAGCAGAGCCUUUGAGCAGUUUCUGACACACAUAUUCACAAUAGAUUCACUGCGAUUUUCCGAUGAAUUUAAAAAUUUUCUUUACCAAGAAGAAAUGCAGAAAGGAGUGGAAAGUAUACAUGGAGGUGAUUUUUCUCACUGUGUAACCGUCAUGGAGAAAUACCUCCCUGUGCAAGAGAGAUUGCAAGGAGAUCAGCACACUGAUGUAGUGUGCACACUCUGUGUACUGUCUGUGUGUCACCAAAAGCUAGGAGAUCGAGAGACAGCACUUGAAUAUGCUGAGUCAGCACUUUCCUGUAUUAACAAUGACCAGACUUGUCCCUUUCUUGUUCCUUUGCUGAAUCACACUAUCUACCUUUGUUGGGUACUCUGUCGUGAAAAGAGCCAUCUGGAGGCAAGACUGGCGGGACUCAGAGACAAGGGAGGUAAAUCUGAGGAACUCCUGUCCGUGAUAUUAAAUUACACCAAGUUUGAUUCUGUGUGGUAUGAUGAUAAAUAAUCAAACUGUAAAUAGCUCCAGUAUUGAGAUGUACAGCUGACAAAGAAGUUGAUACUGUAGACCAACUUAUUAUUCAUGACUUGUUGUAUUCUUAAUUUGUCAGUAUGAAAUCCAGCCACUAGUCUACUAUUAAUUUUGGUGACUUAGGAAAUUGCAUAAAUACACCAAUUAAUGGUUCAUGUCAAGAAAUAUUCACAAGUAAAUGAGGGUAAAAAAACUCGCAAAUAUUUCUCACAAGGGAAUAAAAGUUUGUUUACAGUAUAUUGCAGCAUAAAUAUGGGCUAGUUCACAGUAUAUAGCAGCAUAAUAUGGGCUAGUUGCCCUCAUCAAACAGAUCUGUCAUGUCAAUAUGUCACCCUAAAAUAAAGUUAGGGGACAAGUUGUUAUUAUUGUGCCAAGGCAUUUAUAUUGCAUGCUGGUAGCCUUUUUUGGCAGGAUUGUUUUUAAUUACUGUAUACCUUGUUUAAUUUUGACAUAUUGCAUAAUAUUUAUACUUACUGGUAUAUUCAGGAGCUAUUUUAUUUGUGGAAAAAAAAAAUUUUAAAAAGCAAAAA